AUGGCAACUGUCGGGGCAUCGUCCUCUGUGACGCCGCAGAAGCGGCAUCACCGUCGCCCCACCAGCCCAGCGUCACCGUCAACCGCAGAGCGCCGACACAAGCCGAUGAGUUCCACCCCCACCGCACGCCCGACGCCUCUGGCGCUCGCACUGCAGGCGCAAUGGACUCUCCUGCAGCAAAAUAUUCAGCUUGGGGUCAUUCCCGCCACGGCUGAGCGUGACCUGCUAAGAGUGUUGGAGUCCCUGCCGGAAAACAAAACCACCAUCUUGUCCGAUGUGGAGGGGGUGUUGCCGUAUGUCUUGGCCUUCGCUGUGGCGCCCAUCCCAAGUGAGCGGACGCAGGUGAUUGCCCUUGGGGCGAUGCAGGCGAUCGUUGGCUCACUCACCACGGUGUGGGGCAAAAAGGCGGCAGCGGUAUUGGUGCACGACUUCCUGACUGUGGAGCACAAUGCACUGCACGCACUGGGGGUGACGCUCUCGGUCGCGCUUGACGAUGACGCCCCCACCGCGGAGGAUGUCGUGAUGGAGAUGAAUAGAGGCAAGUCGACGAAGACGCCGGGACGAAUGCGUGACGCCACGCUUACGGAGACACGAAGCUCCAUCGUAGGCGGGGCGUUGGAGUUCCUCCUCAUGAUUGUAACUUUGUCUGCACCAACUGCGGCUGCGGUGCUCACGCACCCCAAACUCAUUCAGGCCCUUCUCUGCUGCCUCACUCAGGCCACCCCAACGCAGGCCUGUGAUGUGGCCAAUAUUUUGCUUACCCUGAGUAGUGUGGAGGGUGCGGCGGAGGUGCUGGUGGCCUAUCGGGCCUACCACAGUGUUCUGCACUACAUUAGAACUGGUGUGCGUGGUGGGGCUGGUGUGUCACAGCCCAACGCGACGAUGACGGCGUUGUGUUUGUUUUUGCGAUUUGCGGUUCGCCUGGCAGGAAAUUCGGCUGCCUUCGCAAUUUUGCAAGAAGCUCCUACCGUACCUCAAGUGAUGGAGGAACUUCUGCGUAGUCAGUGGGGGGAAUUUGUUACUAUUGCCUGCCAGUGGCUUGCCACAAUCAUGGAGCAGCAAACAAGUAACUGCGUCGGGUUCAUGUCAGACAUGCUUCUCAAGACACGGGUUGGCGAGCAGCUUUCCAGCAUGUUACUGUGGUCAUCAAAUAUGGGGCAAUACGCGGUAAAGGCGGCACUCUGCUGGAGGUGGUUUUCUCUUGUUGCCCCCGCUGCUGCGGGAUCUUUUUUGGUUUCGAAUCCCAACGCUCUCUUCUCCCUUGUACAAUCACUGGCAACAACCCCAUUGUCACCACCACCACCACCGCCGCAACAGCAGAAGCAGAAGCAGAAGCAGCGCAAAUCAUUGUCGCACGAAAAAAACGUGUUUGACCCUGAUGAAAACACUACUGAGGGCAAUACGUCGCGUCAGCUGCUCAUAGAAGUCACCUGCGCACUAGGAAUUUGUCACGGGCUGGUAAAAAAAGCAUUGCGUGCAGCAAUGCGUCGGGUAAUUCUUCACCGUCUUUCGCCCGUGACGCAGGAGGAGGUGCAGAAGCGUGUCGUAGCUGUUUUUGCUGGUGUCGAGGACUCCUACUUUGAUGGGUACCCCACCGUGACGCUGCCGCACCGCAAUGCAAACACGAGUCAGCAUUUCCCAUCAGACAGGCACCUGAUGGAAUCCGCCACAGAGACUGAGGAUGACGUCAGUGACGAGGUGACGGAGAGGCAGCGGCACGUGAAUGACUCUGACGGGGUUUAUUCACUCUGCACUGGGGCACACUGGCGCCGCUUCAUGCUUCGCUCGCUGACUCGCCUGUUCCACGGUAGUGCACGCGGAACGGUGAAAUCUUUUGGCUCAGUAGCGCAGCGGCGUCUGUUAGGGGCUGCAACAGCGCUGCGCCGCAUACCAAACUCGUGUGGAGCGCGUCAAAAUCCAUACGACCAUCGCGCUCUCACUGCCGACAUCAACACCAACACGACGGCGAUGACGAAAACGAUGUCUGUGCCUCAGUUGGGUGUAGUGCAGCGAGCUGAGGAGAUGGGCGGCAUGUUUUACCUAGACUGCAUCCGUGUGAUUCUGCGGCUGGCGCACCACUACAAGCACGCCUCCGCGAAGAGAGACGCUACCGGUGCUGGGGCGUGUCGUUUGGCCUCAACGCGUUCGUUGAACCGCGGGGGUAAGGCCCCGAAUCCGUGGGCGCCGCCGCAAAAGGUGGAAUCCACACGGUGUUGGGGAGUGGAGGAGGUGCAGCGGCCCGACGUCGUUUUGUUCUGCGUCUCCUACGAUAACAUCGUCGCGGAGCUGGCGGAGGCGCUGCUUGCAGUGGCGGAGCACACGAAGCGGCUCGGUGAGCAGCUUCAGCUGUGUCCGACACGAGCGCUGCAGCGGCGCUGCGUGUUGAAUGACCUCUACCUGCACGUGUACCCUACGAUUCACAUGUGUCUUCGGUUUAUUCAGCACCAUAUCGCACGGUCGCGACCGGUACUGCAAAUCAUUGCAGAAAAUGAGCGGGCGGUUCACUCGGGGAACAUAUUGGACCUCUACGAGGCUGUUGGGCACUGCGUCGAGGGUGGUGCGCCGUCAUCGUGGGACACCACAAUAGAGAAUCGCUUAAGAGGAGGGGAAUAA